UUGUUUUGGUCGCCAAUCGGCGAAAAACGCGAAUUUUAGAAUUAUUUAAAUCAAUGUGAAGUUUAUGAAACUACUGUGAAAACAUAGAAAUUGAUUAUAAUUUUAUCUAAUAGCAUAUUUCAUCACAACAAACAUCGAACGUUUCAAAAGAAGCAAUUUCUAUUGAACAUCCAAUAUAUUUGUUGAGUUGCAUGUUUCGGCCUGUUUUGUAAAUGUCAACAAUGACAAUACCCGCCAUGUGUUUUAUGAAUAAACAGAAAUAUACAAAUUAAAUGUAAGAACUUCUUCGCUAAGUUUAGAUAAGAAGAAUAUAAUGGAUAACUUUGAACCACAAGCACUGUUGAUGCACAACGUGCAUGACCUUCGCAGGCGUCUGUUGGAAACAGAGAGAAACUUGAAGAAGCUUUCAAAAAUUGAAAAUCGAGAAAAAAAUAGAUUUGAUGAGGAUGAUGAUGUUGAAAGUAUUAGUACAAUAACCAGUCACCCAGACAGACUGUUUCCACUGACCAUGGAGGAGCUACUUCAGUACCCAGAUAAUAGACCAGAUGACAGAGACAGUAUAGCGUCUGGAUUAGCUACACUGCCUGAAUCUUCUUAUGCUGGCUUUGAAAGAGUCAAUCCUGUAUCCAGUACUCCUAGUAAACCCAAAUAUACAUCUAAAGAUGACAGACUCAGCUACAGCUUAAUUGAGGGUCACCAAAAGGUCAACAAUGAGUCAGCAGAAGUAAGAAAUGUGAAAGAGGCUAACAGGAAGUUACUGUUACAGAAUCAGAAACUAUUAGUGGAGACAGAAAAAUGUAGCCGUGAAUUACUUGGUGCUAAAUCAAAGGUGCAGGAGCUAAGCAAGGAGUUAAAUGACUUCAGAGAACAAGUUCCAGAUUUGGAGGAUAGAAUUACAGGACUGCAAGCUGAAACAGAAUCACAGGAUGCUGCUCUUAGAGAUGCUGAGGAGAGGUAUGACAGGAGCCAAAAACAACUCGAUGAAAACAAACAAAGCAUUAAAGACUUAGAAAAUCAUAUUGAAGAAUUCAGAUCAGAUUUAUCUGAUGAAAGAAAAAAGAGAAAGGGUGCUGAAAAUCAGAGAGAUGAAGCUUUACAAAACCUGUUAGAAUCACAAGAGAUGCUGGAAGAUUAUCAGAAAAAGACAAAAGAAAAGAUUAAAAAGAUGGAAGAAAACGAGGAUUAUCUACGAGACAGUCUUGCUCAUGGGAACAGGGAACGUGAAGAACUACUUGAAAAACUUUCCCUAUUACAGUCUAAAGUGAGAAAUCAACAUGAUGAUAUCAGACAAUAUCAGAGUGAAGAAAGGGUAGAAAUGGAAACAAAGAAUCAUUUAGAACAACAAAAUAUGGACCUGAAAUCACAACUAGCUAAGGUUACAGCUAAACAUAAUAAAUCUGACAAUGAGUUAAUGAUGAUGGAGAGUAUUAGAAAAGAAAACACACGACUGAAGUCACAAGUAAACAGACAACAAGAACAGUUAAAUACCUGUACACAGGAGAUAGAAGAAAGUAGAACCAUGCUGGUCCAGCUAGAACAACUAGCUUCUCAAGUUCAACAGGAUCAAAGCAGAGGCAGUAGAGGUGCAAGUUUCAAUGACAGUGGUGUAUGUAGUGUGAGACAGGAUCAAGGGGCCUCUGGUGGCUUUUAUAAGUCUACACAGAUUGAAAUUGAUACCUUUACCACAGAACAAAUUUCCCCAAGGGGAGGAGCUAGAGCUAUCUUACAGGAUCUCAGGAUGCAGUUAGCUAUGAAAGAUGCAGAAAUCCAGAGUUUACAGGCCAAUCUUCAGUCAAAGGAAGCCAGUAGUCAGACUGUUGUCAUAGAAAGCCUCAAGUCAGAUCUUACAUCUCUCAUUGAUAAUAAUAAAAAAGGACUUAGUAGGGCACAAGAGAUGGAAUCAGCCAUUAGUUGUUUAGAAGCUGACAAAUCCAAGUUAGUAAGCCAGUUAGCCGAGGCCAAACGAGAUCUGACUGAUAGAGAAACCCAGAAUACUUCAUUAGAAACCAGAAUCAAUCAGCGUAAUACUCAGCUAAUAGAACUCCAGGAACAAAUUAAUCAAAAGUGUAUGGAAAUAACAACCAUUGAACGUGAGUCAAGAAGAAAAACUUCACAGAUGGCAAAUCUUGAACAACAGCUGGAUCAGAAGAUGACAGAAUUUUCUACAACUGUAGCUCGCAUGAAACAGCUUGAGGAAGAAGUGGUUUCUAAAGAGGAUGAGGCUAAUCGCUAUCAGAAAGAGUUACAUGAGAAAAAUCAAGCUUUACAGAAAGUGAGGACUUCAACUGAUCAGAACCAACAACUUCAAAGAGAACAAUUUCAGGAAUAUGAAAAACAAAUAGAUAUUAUUCAAAACGAAAUGGAUAAAGCCAGCAGUGAGCUGAAGAACAAAGAAAGAGAAACAACACAUUUAAGGAGAGACCUUGAACAUGCUAAUUCGCAUAUAAAAAGCAUAGAACAAUCAUUAAAGACUACUAGAGAGGAGUUAAAUGUCAAGUCUAAGCAAAACAGAGAGGCUCUGUCACAACUUGAUGUACAACAAACAGAGGCAACAUCCCAGAUAAAACAGAUGGAGACAGCACUGCUGGUCUGCAGAGAAGAAAUCAAAUCUUAUAUUGAAGCAUUAGAGGAUUCUAAGGAAAGAUUUGAUAGAGAACUCCAAUACAAAGAAGAUAGGUUACGGGAAUUGGAAAGGCAGUUGAAACAUGCUAGAAAACUUCAUGAUCAAAAACAUCAAGAGAACCUAGAUUUUGAGAAAACAUUAUAUGAACACCAAACAAUGUUACAACAUAGCACAUGCCGUAUUACUGAGUUAGAAGAUAGUCAGACUGAGUUACAACAACAGGUUUCAACUUAUGAACACCUGACAUUGACAGAGAAAGCACAGUUCAUGACAGAACUACAGUCAUUAGAGAGAAAACUUAAACAAGCUUGUAUUGACCUGGAGGAAAGGACUAACACGAUCACAAAAUUAACAGAUGCACUUAGAAAUUUAGAGGAAGAGAAAGGUCAUAUGAAUUCUGAAAUCAACAUGUUAGAGCAACAGCUACAAGAUGAACAGGAAAACAGUGAUAAGAAGUCCUCUAGGAUGAAUAAACUAGAGAAGGAUACAAGAGAUCUAAGGGUACAGCUGGAACAAAAACUGGAGAUGAUAAGUGAUUAUGAAGAUCAGAUUCAGCAGAGAGAACAAGAUAUGGACCAACAAACUCAACUUGUUGCUGAACUUGACAGUGAAGUCAAAAGACUACAGAUAACACAAAGCCAGGCCCAGUGUGAAUCUGAUGAUACCAGUAAACAUUUACAAAAAGUGUUAUAUGAAAGUAAAGCCAAGGAAGAAAUGAUUGAAGAUCUCAAAGAUUCACUCAGAAAAACUCAGGAAGAGUUGAACGAAAAGAGACAUGCUGUCCAAGAAUUAACAGAAACAUUAGAUGAGAGACAGCUAGAAUUACAACAGAGAGUAGCUCAGGUGGCGAGACUUGAUCAAACAAUCAAAGAACACCAUAAUGAAAUGGAACAAAGGAUUCAAAAAUUAGAUUCUACUUUACGCAAGUAUGAAGCUGAAAUUCAAGAAAGAACUGUACAGAUUUCAGACCUGGAUGACAGAUUACAAGAAACACAGUUACAACUGAAAGAAACCAAGAUGUUAUAUCAUCAGACUGACACAUUGGCUCAGAAACAGCAGAUAGAGUUACAGUCUAAAACUGCAAAGCUAGAUGAACUUGAGAAGCUGACAGAUAGACAAAGAUUACAGAUUGAUGAAUUGAAAGAUGAAAAUGUAGAAAUUACACAGGAGUUGAGAUUAACAAGAGAGCAGUUACAGCAACAACAUGGAGAGUUUAUGGCUACUAGACGUAUGCUAUCACAGACAAACAGAGAGAAUGAGAAAAUUACAAGAGAGUAUGAGGAACUAGUAAACAAGCAACAGUCAAGAGAGACAGAUACUGUGAGACUUGCAGAGGAGCUAGGUGCAGCAAGAGCCAGAGAGAAACAAAGUCAAGCCAAAAUCUCUUCAGAGGUAGACCAGAUGAAUGGAGAAAUUAAUCAACUUAAAGCAAGACAUCAAGAGGAGCUUGAUAACCUCCAUGAUGAAAUGAAAGAUUUGAAAAAAGAUAAGGAAAGAAUUAAGAAAGAAUUGAUGGAAAAGGAGAGUCAAAUUAAAGACUUAGAAAUUCAUUAUCAGGAACAAUUUGAAAAACUUCAAGAUCAGUUGGAGGAAAUAAAUAAAGAAAUGGAGGCAAAGAAAAAAGUAGUAAAUGCUGCUAAUGAAUCGUUGAUACUGAAGGAUUCUGAAAUAGCAAGACUUCAUGCUCGUAUCUCUGGUUUUGAGAGAUCCAUGACUUCAUUUAGAGCCAUAGAAUGUUUUAAUCAAACCUGUGUUGGAAACGAGUCAAUGUAUCAGAGUUCUGGAGUAGAUAUUGUUAAUCGGCCACUAUCUGGAGAAAAUGGCCUAGUUCAAGGUGACAAUACACAGAACAGUGCAGAAUUUUUACGGACUUAUUCUGACUUCAUUCCGUCAAAAGAUGGCCCCUCAUCACUUCAUUCAUUUAAUAAUCGUCUAAUAGAAAAUGGACAUUUUCAAAGAGAUGAUAAAAGUGUUGACAAUAUUCCUCACAUGAUUUUGCCUGAUAGUAGUGAUGAAAACUUUCACCAGAGUGGUAAAAGUGGUGGACACUUAGGGAACCUCUCUGAUGUUGAAUUAUUUAGUGCUCAUCAAGGUCUUCAGCAUAGUGCUUUAAUCUCUCAUCAGAACCAAAAGACUACAUCCAAACAUGUCAUGAAGAAAGGGAAAGUUCAGAAAACUGGAAGAUCAUCAGAUCAUUUACCUGGGGAACAUAUUAUAGAUCCAGAAACAGCAGUAGGGAAGUACCAAACAGAUCCUAUUGUUUACAGUGACCAAGAAUCACCAGAAAAAGGCAUGCAUGACUUACAAGAAAGACUAAGAGUCAAUGAAAUUAGACAACAGAUGAUAGAAGAACAACUACAGAGUUUGGAUGAUGAAUGUGAUACUAAUUCUGUGUAAACUUUGAUUUUGUCUUGAUCAUUCCUGUAUCAGGGAAAAAUAUUUUCCAUUCAAUUGAAGCAUGCUCUACAGCUGUUUAAAAGAUUGUCUCCACUUGAGUUUUGUCCGUCCAAUUGAAGCAUGCUCUACAGCUGUUUAAUAGGUUGUCUCCACUUGAGUUUUGUCCGUCCAUUAUUAUUAUUAUUAGUCUGUUCUAUUAUGUAGUAUCAUUAGUAAAUGCUCAUUUUCAAAGUAAGCAAUUAUCAAAAGUUUUAGAAAUUUGAUCUUUCAUUUUCAUAUUUCAGAAUAUCACACUUUGAAGGGACCAUUUUAUGUCUUAUUUAGGAAAGAAGAAAUUUGUAAUACAAGAGAUCAAUCUUUAAAUGACUACAUUUCUUAAACAUGAAUAUGAAAAUCUAUGUUAAAAAAUUGAAAGCAUGUAAGGUAGAAUAUAUAUUUCAGUGUUCCAAAUUAGGAAAUGAUUAAAGCAUUACAUUCCAAUAACUUCUUUAAAAACAUCCCAUUUUAGCUCACCUGGAGCAAAAGGUCCAUGUGAGCUUUGGUCAUCACUUUGUGUCCAGCAUCUGUCAUUAGUGUGGUUGUAUUCAGGCAUUAUUUAAAAAAAAAAUUCUCUUUUGAAAAAACUGUUGGGCCAAAUGUUACCAAACUUAACCUGAAUGCUCCUAAAGGCUUCAAGUUUUUGAAUUAUAUGCAACAAAAGAUAAGAACUAACAAAUGCUCAUUAUAAGACCAUGCAUAUAUAUUUUUUUAAUGCAUGUAUACAAAACAACCCAACCAGCUUGUCCACAAUUACAAAAUGUACUUUUAAUAGCGUAUAGGUGUAAAACAUCAAUUUUGAUCAUUUCUCAUAUAGUUUUACAGCCUAUUGUUCUCAUAAGAAUAUUGUUUUAAUUACAAUACAUAUAUUUUUAUUAAUUACAUACACUGAUUUAAUAAUUUAUUUGACCCAAUUGAACUAAUUUUGGCAGGAAAUAUUUUGGGAUGGUCAAUGUGAUUAAAUAUUAAAGCUGAUUAUCAUACUAAACAUCAAAUAUAGUUACUAGAGUAGAACAAACUUGUAUUUAUGGUAUAUUGCAUUCAAAUUAGCCCUUAGAAAAUAAUAUGGCUAAUUUACACAGAUUUAUUACUUGGAAUAUGACAUGUUUAGAAUUGUAUGUAAUGACGCUCUCCACUACAGAGCAUGAUUUACACAACUGGUUCUCAUCUUGACCAAACAUAUUGCAUGGAUGUCAAUUAAUGAUACUGGCUCUGUAGGGUCUCUACUUGUUUUUGUAAGUUUCCAAGAUCAUCAUAUCAUAAUAUUUACGUAAAAUAUCAAUUUACCGUAGGCUAUUAAAGUUGCCAUAUGAGAAAUACAGUCUCCUAGAAGUAAUUUUUGUAUGCAUUUGUAUUUUAUAUACCAGUAUUACAGCUAUUAUAGUAUCUGUUAUAUUCCACAGAUUGUUUUAUUUAUAUUAUUUAUUAAAAUUGUUUUAUA